CCUCCCCUUCAGUCUUGCACAGGUGUAACGGCCCCUCCCCUUCAGUCUCGCAGAGGUGUACCGGCUCCUCCCCUUCAGUCUCGCAGAGGUGUACCGGCUCCUCCCCUUCAGUCUUGCACAGGUGUACCGGCUCCUCCCCUUCAGUCUUGCACAGGUGUAGCGACUCCUCCCCUUCAGUCUUGCACAGGUGUAGCGGCUCCUCCCCUUCAGUCUCGCAGAGGUGUACCGGCUCCUCCCCUUCAGUCUUGCACAGGUGUACCGGCUCCUCCCCUUCAGUCUUGCACAGGUGUACCUGCUCCUCCCCUUCAGUCUUGCACAGGUGUACCGGCUCCUCCCCUUCAGUCUUGCACAGGUGUACCGGCUCCUCCCCUUCAGUCUUGCACAGGUGUACCGGCUCCUCCCCUUCAGUCUUGCACAGGUGUACCGGCUCCUCCCCUUCAGUCUUGCACAGGUGUACUGGCUCCUCCCCUUCAGUGUACCGGCUCCUCCCCUUCAGUCUUGCACAGGUGUACCGGCUCCUCCCCUUCAGUCUUGCACAGGUGUACCUGCUCCUCCCCUUCAGUCUUGCACAGGUGUACCGGCUCCUCCCCUUCAGUCUUGCACAGGUGUACCGGCUCCUCCCCUUCAGCCUUGCACAGGUGUACCGGCUCCUCCCCUGGACUGAAGCUUCUUCCUCUGAUAUCUUUGCACACUGGGAGCUUCUCACAAUCUGCC